AUGAAGAAUAUUCUUCUUCUUUCAAUAUUUAUUUGUAUAUCAACAGGUAAUAUUUUUAUUUUUUUUUUAAACUAAUAUUAGAAUUCCCAAAAAUUUUCAGUAUUUGGACAAACCUGUCGAGAUUACGAUAAUAAUUGUCGAGAUUGGAUAACAGUUAAUCCAAGAGCUUGUGAUUCAACAGAUUAUAUUAAAAGAAGUUGUCAACAAAGUUGUGGACAAUGUGGAUCAGUUGAUUCGAGUUAGUUAACAGAAAAAGUUUUCUGGAAUACAUUCUCAUAAGUACAGAAUUCGACCUCCGCCGCCUUGCUCCCGAAUUAACUCCAAUUGGUUUCUUAGUCGGAAGAUGGAGAUCAGAACACGGUGGAAAAGCGAUAUUCCCAACUAUUCCUAAAUUCACAUUUGGAGAAGAAAUUGAAAUUUCAAUUCCUGAUGAUAAUAUGCAAUCAUCUCACGCAUUAAAUUAUACGUAAGUAUAACUUUUUCAGACCGAAAAUUGAAAUUACUGUAUUUGAAUGUAAAUAUUCACGAUUAUUGAAAUUUAGAGCUUUUGCAUGGAGCGUUGAGAAAAAAGACCCUUCUACAACAAAUAACAGGUAUUAUGAAUAUUAUUUAUGUUUUUUUCCAAAAAAAAAUAUAUGUCUGACAUGUUCUGGUUGUUUGUUGGUGUUGUUUUUUCCGGGUAAAGGUGUAGGGUCAUUGUUCUCCUGAUCAAAAAUAAAUAAUUGAUCCAAAAACUACUAUAUUUCAGCGCAUUUGCCUGGUCAAUAAAUGACAAAGAUGAACUUCACAGUGAAUACGGUUACAUCUCUGUAAAACCAAACACAAAAGAAGCUGCUUUAACAACUGUUAUGAAUAAUGGUAUCUUGGAUAAAAUAUUCAAAUUCUCUAAAAAAAUAUAUUUUUAGGAUUUGUAACUGUUGAAGAAGGACCUAUUGUUGGAAAUCAAAUUCGAUUCAGACUUCGAGAUAUUGGAAGAAUCAGUUUCAGUAGAGAUCUACCUGUUCAUGAUGUAAGUUACUGUUUCAAAUUUAAAUGCCUUAGUAGCUGACUGGUCAAAAAUAAAAAUCACGACUCCCUUCAAAUAUUUUAUUAUAUUCAGCUUGUUCGUGAAUGGACUCUUCUCGAUCGCUCAACCCUUCAAGCACGUCUUAAUAUGGAAACAUUGACACAUGGAAUGCAAGAGCACACAUUUAUAAGAUACAACAAAAUUGCUCCAUAA